AUGCAUUUUAUAAAAUAUUUGUCUCUUCUUGUAUUGUUAGCUAUUCAAGUUGCUUCACAAGGUGAUGAAUCUAGAGAAUUAGGUCUUAUAAUGGAAAAAUAUGGAGAUAAUGUAUUCGGUCCACAUAAUAGAUACAAAAGAAAAGCUCUUUUGCAAGAAUUUAAAAGCAAAGUUAAAACUAUAGAAGAUAAAGUCAAAGGCAAAAUUCAUCAAUUAGGACAAAAAAUUAAUGAAACCGUACAAGCAGCAAAAAAAAAAUUCUAA